UUACACGAGAGCGAGAGAGAGAGAGAGAGAGAGAGAGAGGCAGAGAGCGCCAUGGCUGCAAGGGUAGAGGGGUCACAAGAAAUGCGACCUCUAGUUGCAGAUGGCAUGUUGGUCGAUCGAGAAGACCAAGAAACUGUUAAGACAGAUGGAUGCAUUAGGUUGGUUGGUCUCCUGAAUGAGCCUUUUGAAUGGUUGCGCAUGCUGUGUGGGGAGCUUGAAACAGGCUUCGUCUUCGCCGUCAUAUUGGUAUAUGGCUUCAGCCAGGGAUUCGCUGCGUCUUUCUUCCGGGUGGUGUCUGAUUACUACUGGAAGGAUGUCCAGCAGGUUCAGCCCUCGGCGGUUCAGCUGUAUCAAGGUCUCUACGCUUUGCCUUGGAUCUUGAAACCUGCUUGGGGACUUCUGACCGACGUUUUUCCGAUUUCCGGCUACAAACGCCGGCCGUACUUUGUCCUUGCAGGUACUAUUGGGAGCGUGUGUGCACUGCUACUGCUGCAGAAGAAGCCUCCUAUUCUGUUUGCACUGAGCACUUUGAUUGGCAUUAGCACUGCAAUUUCUAUAGCAGAUGUUACCAUAGAUGCGUGUAUAGCUCGGAAUAGCAUCAAGUAUCCUGCGUUAGCAUCAGAUAUGCAGAGCCUUUGUGGGUUCUGCUCCUCUACUGGGGCCAUUUUGGGAUAUUCCAGUAGUGGGAUACUAGUUCGCAUUCUGGGAGCGCAGGGAGCACUGGCUUUACUCACUUUUCCCCUUGCAAUGCUCGUCGCUCUAGGAUUUACUUUGAAUGAGAGCAAAACUAGUAGUCGACCAGACAGACAGGUGUUUAUGAUGGUAAAUGGAGCAUUACGAAACAUGAUUAAGACAAUGAAGUGUCCUGAAGUAUGGAAGCCUUCACUUUACAUGUUUCUCUCCAUAGCUCUCAGCUACAGCACUCAUGAAGGCCAUUUCUACUGGUAUACUGAUCCUAAAGCAGGCCCAGCAUUUCCAAAGGAGUUUGUUGGAAUAAUAUAUGCCAUAGGUGCUGUUGGAUCAAUUCUGGGGGUGAUUUUGUAUCAAAAAGUCUUCAAGAACUAUCCAUUUAGAACAGUCCUCUUCCUUGCACAGCUUCUGUAUUUUGUAUCAGGAAUGCUUGACCUCACAUUUGUGCUGAGACUCAAUCUCAGAUUAGGCCUGCCAGACUACAUGUUUGUUGUCAUAGAAGAAAUGAGUGGUCGUAUUGUUUCUCGUCUCAGAUGGAUGCCCAUGAUGGUACUUAGUACAAGAUUGUGCCCUCUUGGCAUAGAAGGGACCUUCUUUGCACUACUAAUGUGCAUAGAUAGCAUUGGAUGGUUGUGCAGCAAAUGGAGUGGAAGUCUUGCUCUGCAUCUGUUGAAGGUCACAAGGACCAACUUCAAGAACUUGUGGUUGGCUGUUCUCAUAAGGAAUAUCUUGAGGAUCUCAACUUUGGCCUUGAUUUUUCUGGUGCCUAAGACAGGGCCUACUGAUGCUCUGCUUCCUAGUCAGAUGUUGGAGGCCGAUGGAAGUGAUGAGAAAGACGAACGCCUGCAGUUGGUUUCCAUGAAUGACAGGGCAUAAAUUCAUCCGUAGUUGUGGUACCUGGAGCAGUUUUAGAUGUCUUUCGGUGUAUAUUUUUUUCAACACACAGAGAGAGAGAGAGAGAGAGAGAGAGAGUCAUGAAUUCCAUCGUUUGUACUGAUAACAAUUAUGCAACUCAUAUAU